GGAAGGCAGGUGGCGACGCGUUCGGAAGGAGUAAAAUGGAAGGAGAAUCAAGCAGAUCGGAAACCCACUCUCCAGUUUUCGUCAAGAAAAAGACUAAGCAUUCUGUACAUAAGGAGAGACAUGGGAGGCAUUCCCAUGAAAGUUUCAGAGACUCCUCCCUGGCAGAUGAACAGGCUGACAUAACUAAGGGUAAAAAAAAGAGGAAGGAUGCCCAGCAUCUUGUUUCUUCUCCUUUGAAAAAAUCAGAAAUUUGCGAUGAGCCUGAAAAGGCCACUUUUAUACCCAAAAAGAAUAAAAAGAGAAGAAAAGGUGCUUUGGGAGUCGAUAAGGAAACAGGUAUUGCGUACGUCCUGGUGGAUAAAGAAAACAUUGAGAACACAGGAAAGAAUUUUAGAAAGGAUGUCGAUGUCGUUUACCUUGAUGUAAGCAAGGAACAAAAGUCAACAAGAGGGCCUGAAGCAGAUGAACCGCAUUUGGUUACUAAGUCACGUGAAAAUGAGUCAGAACUGCAUGAUAAAGUUCGGGAGAAAAAGCAUAAAAAACAUCGGAGGAAAGUUGCAUCCUGUGAUGCUGUCCAGGAGAGUCUGGGUGCAAGCAUCACCCUGCCCGGAUCAGAAUCCCAAGAGCAGGAACCUCAGCCUCCCAUGGGCCAAGAAGGUGAAAUUGCACAACUACCAGUGUCUGCAGAUCAAAGCAAGUCUAAGAAAAGAAAGAGGAAGCGUCCAAAUGACCGGGAAUUCGAGGCCUUGCCUGCGCCUGAGAGUGCUGAGAACAUAUACUCAGAGGGAUCCCAAGUGAUUGGUGAGGUUGGGACUGCAGGGGGCAAUCAGGAAUCCAGUGGCCUCAAGAAAAAGUCUAAGAAAAGGAAGAGAAGGUCUUCUAUUGAUACUGCCGUGGCACCUGGCAGUGAUUUUUCAGCGCUCAGGACGAGCUCUGAGGACACGCUCUUUGAUUCAGUGGAAGGUAAUGGUACCUUGAUUGAAGAAAGUGCGAAACCCAGGCCACAAGAGGAGAAACCCCAGGCCUGUUCGGAAGAGGUGCAGAGAUUAGAACCUACAAAUGAAGAAGAUAGCAAUUUGGAGUCGGCUAAAGAUCCUGAAACCAAAUAUUUAUCUGAAGAUUCGAGAGAUUCAGAUAAUUCAGACGUGGAUUUGGAUUCCGCUGUGAGGCAGCUCCAAGAGUUCAUCCCUGAUAUCAAGGAGAGGGCUGCCACUACAAUUAAGCGAAUGUAUCGGGAUGACUUGGGACGCUUUAAAGAAUUUAAAGCCCAGGGUGUCACUAUUAAAUUUGGCAAGUUUUCCGUGAAGGAAAAUAAGCAGUUAGAGAAAAACGUGCAAGAAUUUCUGUCUCUGACAGGAAUCGAGAAUGCAGACAAGCUGCUGUACACAGACAGAUACCCAGAGGAGAAAUCUCUCAUCACCGACUUAAAAAGAAAAUACUCGUUUAGAUUGCACAUUGGUAAGGGCAUUGCCCGGCCCUGGAAACUCGUAUACUAUCGAGCAAAGAAGAUGUUUGAUGUCAACAAUUACAAAGGCAGGUAUAGCAAAGGAGAUACCGAGAAGCUAAAGAUAUACCACUCCCUCCAUGGAAACGACUGGAAAAAGAUUGGUGAGAUGGUGUCUCGAAGUAGCCUCUCUGUGGCCCUGAAGUUCUCCCAGAUCAGCAGUCAAAGAAAUCAUGGUGCUUGGAGCAAGACGGAGACCCAGAAACUAAUCAAGGCUGUUGAAGAAGUGAUUCUAAAGAAAAUAUCUCCCCAAGAGCUAAACGAGAUGGAUUCUAAACUCCAAGAGAAUCCUGAAGGCCGCCUGUCAAUUGUUCGGGAAAAACUCUACAAAGGCAUAUCCUGGGUAGAAGUGGAGGCUAAAGUGGAAACCAGGAAUUGGAUGCAGUGUAAAAGUAAGUGGACGGAAAUUCUAACCAAGAGGAUGACAAAUGGUCGGGAUGUAUACCGGGGAGUUAAUGCCCUACAGGCCAAGAUCAAUCUCAUUGAAAGGCUGUAUGAAAUAAAUGUGGAAGAUGUUAAUGAAAUAGACUGGGAAGAUCUUGCUAGCACCAUAGGUGGUUUCGGUGUGCUGUUCGUUUGCAUUUCUCAUCCGAGGAGUGAGAUUUCAUCAGUUGUCGCUGUCUGUCUUCAUUGCUACGGUCCUUGCAUUUUCAAUCAGUUCCUGCCACUGGAGGAGAGGCCACCACUCUGAAGACCUGAAUUCAGUGCCGGCCAAGCAACAGAGAGCUGGCUGGCAAAGCACAGUCCCUCUAAGCAAUUCAAAUUGUUGAGCAUCGCGGGGCUCAGGGGUUGGUGGGCUUUGGGAGGUGGGGAUGUUGAGGGACUGUCUGGCCUUUAGUUUGGGAAGGAUGCUGAGGGGAACAGGGCUGCUGCAGCCUGGCUGUCUUUCAGAAAUGUGGCUGCUGGCGUGAGGUUGUCACUGAUCCAUUAGGAAGGGUGUAAACUGGUUCCGCUGGUUAGUUAUUUACACCUUGGGAUUAUGGACAAAGAACAAUCAGUCCUUUUUUUUUUUUUAUUAACUUGGAGAAUUGGAAUCUUUUCAUGGCAGGCCCUGUUGGGAGUCACAGACACAUGCCCGUGGUUCCAAACCCUUUCCUCUUCUAGCUCGUCUCAGGGGUGGGGCACCAGCUCUUGGGUUUGUGGGUCCCUGAGAGGGGAGGGUGUUAGGGGCUUUGAAGGAAGGGUGUCCUGCUGUGUAUCCCACCAACUCCCAUCCUAAGAAGUAUUCAUGUCGACAGGUCCCUCCCUUUGUAAUACCAAACCGCUUUUGAAAAA